CUUCCUCAUUUUCCCCACCAGCUGGGCCGCGGCCAGGCGAGCCGGCUCGGCAUUGUGGGAUGUGCCCCGGCCCCAAGGAGCUCCUGGGCCCGGUGCGUCCAGGGGCACGAUGGCCCGGUGGCCGUCCGCCCCCUGAGGUAGUAUGACGGGACCGAAGGCCGUUCGCGCCCCUGCGUCCUCCCGGGCCCGGUCUCUUGAGGCCGGGCUGAGAGGCUGACUUCUGGGCAGUCAGGAAUCGGGCCGUGGCCUGGCGGCCUGGCCCUCGUCGGUUUCCGUCCGUCAGGUUUUAAUCUAAUUUGAAAAUGAGUAAGUGGAAGAAGACAUCAGGUGAUGAGGCAGGAGGCCUUGAAAAGUUCAGUCCUGAUGUUCUUGCUGAGGUUUCUGAACUCUUUGCCAAGAAGUUUUCCUAUGGUAAACCACCUAGUAAUGAGUGGCAGUUACCAGAUUCCAAUGAUAUUUUCACCUGUGAUCACACAGAAUUCAAUUCACUUCUUGUUUUGAAGAAUUCUAUGAAUGAAGUAAAAAACUUACUGAGUGAUAAAAACCUAGCUGAUUGGCAUCAGCACACUUCCUUCACCAAUAAAGCUGGAAAAAUCAUUCCACACAUGAAAAAGAUUGUAAAUGCAGAACUUUGUACCCAGGCUUGGUGUAAAUUCCAUGAGGUAUUGUGUAGCUUCCCACUUAUUCCCCAAGAAGCUUUUCAGAAUGGAGAGCUAAACUCGGUACACCUUUGUGAAGCUCCUGGUGCAUUUAUAGCCAGUCUUAACCACUAUUUAAGAUCCCAUAAUAUACCCUGUGAUUGGAACUGGGUCGCUAACACCUUGAAUCCUUACCAUGAAGCAAAUGACAACCUUGUGAUGAUUACUGAUGACCGACUUAUUGCAAAUACCUUGCCAUGGUGGUACUUUGGUCCAGAUAACACUGGUGAUAUUAUGACCCUGAAACAUUUGACGGGGCUUCAGCAUUUCAUAAGCAACAUGUCUACUGUUCACUUGGUCACUGCAGAUGGGAGUUUUGAUUGUCAAGGAAAUCCAGGUGAACAAGAAGCUUUGGUUUCCCCUUUGCAUUACUGUGAAGUAGUCACUGCACUGAUGACUCUUAGUGGUGGUGGCUCCUUUGUUUUGAAGAUGUUCACCCUGUUUGAACAUUGUUCUAUCAACUUGAUGUACCUGCUAAAUUGUUCCUUUGAGGAGAUCCAUGUUUUCAAACCUGCUACUAGCAAAUCGGGGAAUUCAGAGGUCUAUGUUGUUUGUCUUUAUUAUCUGGGUAGAGAAGCCAUCCAUCCUCUGUUGACUAAAAUGAUGCAACAUUUUGGAACUGAAAUUAUCAGUAAGUCUCUUUUCCCUCAACACACGAUUCCACAGUCUUUUCUCAAAAGACAUGAAGAGUGCUGCGUCUUCUUUCACAAGUAUCAGUUGGAGACUAUUUCUGAAAACAUUCGUCUGUUUGACUGCAUAAGUGAAGCAGAACAAUCUAAACUGAAUAACUUAAGGGACUGUGCUGUGGAACACUUCAUGCAAAAGUUCCAAAUGAAGCGCCUUCCCAGAAAUAAUUGGCUAGUAAAGAAAUCCAACAUUGGAUGUAGCAUGAAUUCAAAAUGGUUUGGACAAAGGAACAGAUAUUUUAAAACCUACAAUGAAAGAAAGAUGCUAGAAGCCCUUUCAUGGGAAGACAAGGUGGCCAACGGAUACUUCAGUCAUUGGGCUGAAGAGCAUGCUAUAAGUAAUGGUGGGAAAAAUACCAUUUUAGAAAGUGUUUGCUCUAAUCUUGAAUAUCAUUUGUGGUAUGUCUUAGAGGGAAUGAAAUUGCCAAAAGUAAAGUGCUCUCCUUUCUGUGAUGGUGAGAUUUUAAAGACUCUAAAUGAAGCCCUCGAAAAAUCAGGAGGUGCCCUGAACUUGGGUUCCACAUUUAGCCAAAAGCCACAGCGUUGCUAUUCUUGCCACGUCCUUUCUGAAGAGAUAAUAUUUUCUGAGUUGUUGAGCCUUACUAAGUGCGCUCAGGAUGAAUCGGCAGAAGGACUGAGCAACAAAAUCAAGUGUCUGCUAGUGGGUUUGCUGCCUUCUGAUAACAAAACCUGUCACUCUUUGGAAGUGAGCCUUUUGGAGUCUGCUGAUCUCAUGACUUUCCAAUGUUCAUUGCUUCACGAUGGAGAACCGGGGUAUCAGCAGGCAUUUCUGGACUGCUUUCUGCGUUCCCUGCCUCGACUUCAGGUCGGGGACUCUCUGAUCUUGCCCGUGCUGUCAUGUUUUACACGAUUCAUGGCCGGCAUGAUCUUUGUUCUGCAUAGCUGCUUCAGAUAUGUCACAUUUUCUUGUCCAACUUCCUCAGAGCCGCUGAGCACUUGUGCAGUCCUUCUUUGUGUUGGUUAUCGGGAUCUCCCAACCCCUGUGCUCCAGUACUUGCAGAAUCUGAAGGAACUGAUGAGCACAUUGCUCAACAAUGAUGCUUCGCACCAGGUUUUGCAGUUUGUGCCAAUGGAAGUUGUCCUUAAUGGAAUGCUGCUAGAAUUUUUAUGGGAUUUAAACACUGCCAUUGCAAAAAGGCAAUUACAUUUGAUCAUUCAAGGAGAGCAGCAGCAGAAGUCCACACUGUAAAACUGCAGACAGAGCUCUUUACCUUAACUAUGGCUUCACAUUUCAAAAUUCCUUUUGAAUUAUUUCAAAACCUCAGGGAUUUUGGUUUGGGGAUAGCCUAGAUGUUUGCAACAUUCAAGGCUCCUUCGGUUUCACAAAGUUUCUAAGUUUCUGUAAUCUUGAGAUAUAUACCCAUAAGCAUAGGGUUCUCUCAGCUAUUGGAAAGCUAUGACAAGAAAUUCAACUGCUAUACUUGGAAUGUGUGUGGAAGAGUGGGUGGUGUGUGUAUCUCUUUGUGUGUCUGUGUGGGAGGGGGAGAUUGGGAAGGGUAACGUUAGGAGCUAUACCUGUGUGAAUUCAUCCAGAUGAGCUGAUUUCGUAUUCAUAACAGGCAAGAUAUAUGAACUCUGUACCACUAAAUCUCAUGUGUUAAAGACUGAACAGGGUAAAGGUCAUAUCCUCGGUGAGAGGAGAUGAGUCAUUUCUGAAUAAUUCUGUAUUUCACCAUUUAUUUCAAUUUUAGUUUUCAGGGAGCCCAUCUAAUCAGGUUUCCUGACAUGAUAGAACUUUAGGCAUUGGUCACCUUGAUCCAUAAUCCAGAUAUCUGUAGUUGACUUGUAAAUCCAUUUUUGAGAUGGGUAUUCUUGGGUAUUCUGACCCAAACUACCUAACUGAAGUGAACAUUUGAACCAACAAUCAUGUUUGAAAUAGAAAAAGAUUCAGCAUGCCUCAUACAUACUUCUGUAUUAAAGAUUUCACUUAGCAGUGGUAUUGUGAGUUUUAGAAAUGACCCGUCACAAUCAUUGAAAUUUGAGAUUUUUUUUUAGUGUAGAUUCAUAUGUCUAUAUGUUUAGAUAUAUAAAUCCUUACAUUGGGAACUUGGAAUAUAGCACAUGGGGAAGGGGAGUGAAGUAUUCCUGUGGGAGGGAAUGAUAGUUCAACGGUAGAAAUAUUUUUCUGUUUUGGCAAUUUCAGGGGCAGACAAUUUUAUAAAAAAUUCACUUAUGGAAUUGUUAAGUGAACAAACUAACAUUUGGGGGUGUGAUAAGGGAAGGCUUUACUAGUUUGGUUUGCUUUCUCUUGCACUUAAAUGGUAGGAAAAAUAGGAUUUCUGAUUGGAAAUAUUGGACAAGUCAACACUAGUUAGUAAUUAUAUGAUCCCCUGGAUUGAUGAAUUGGAGAAUGUCAUUUUGGUCUGUUCAUUUAAGAAAUUUUUGUUGGCCAUAUUAAAAAUAGAUGCAUGCUCUGAUGGCUGAAGUAAUUUGAUAAAUAUUAUUCUGCAAAUUUUUCAUGUUCUUGCCCUGCUAUUUUGAGCUCCAUUACAGGUUUAUGAAUAAGUCACUAGCGGAGAGAAAUUUUAUUUUCAUUUAUUUAAGCAUAGAAGAGGAUGUUUAAAAAAUGUGACUCAUGUAGACAUUUUCCCUUUAAGCAAAGCUUUGGGGUAGUUUAACAAUGUUCUUUUAUUUACUGUGGCCUAAUUUGUAUUCAUUAAAAUUUAGACUCUAAGAUUAUAAUUUGCAUGGAAGGACCCACUCAGGGAAUGUGUUCCAAGGGGAACAAAAAGAGUAUGGAUUUAAUGUUGUUGUUCAGGAUAUUACUUUCCUGCUUGUCUGGUAGCUGGAGUUAGGUUUGUGAAGGAAAAUAGCAUCCUGAUUAAUUACUAAUCAUCUUGUAGAAGCACUUUGUCUAAUUAUAAAAUGGAGGAGCCUGAUAGAUAAUUCAUUAACAGGAGAAUUAGAAACUGUUGGCAGCUUUGUGUGUUUAAGUUUGGCUUUUUUUUGUCACUUUAAUAAGUUCUACUGUAUUAUUGAUCAGUGUGUGAUUUAAAAAAACCUUUGAUUAGCAGGAAGUAGCAUAGUGUAAUGGAUUAGAGGGAGAGAUAGCCUUGAGGGGACAGCUAAGUGGUGAAGUAGAUAAAGCACUGGCCCUGGAUUCAGGAGGACCUGAGUUCAAAUCCAGCCUCAGACACUUGACACUUACUAGCUGUGUGACUCUGGGCAAGUCACUUAACCCUCACUGCCCCCCCCCCCAAAAAAAGAAAGAAAUAGCCUUGGGGCCAGGAAGACCUAGGGCUGCCACCUGUGAGACCCUAAGCAGGCCCCUUUAUUGGCCAGUACUCUUGGCAGCUCUCAAGACCAAAUCUGAUCCACCAAUAAGAAUGGUUUUUAUGUUCUUACAGUACAGUAAAACUUUAUUUUAAAAGGUAGAAACCAUUCUUAGCCCCCAGCUGUACAAAAACAGGUGGGCUGGCCAACCCAUGCUCUUAAGACUAUAGGUUGCAGGUAAGGCACGAACCUGCACUGGUGGAAGGAGUUUGUUUAUUUGGGUGUAAUGUUACCUGUGUCAGUGAAAGCUCAUGCCCAGUCCUUGUCCUGUCUCUUGAACAGUAUGUGGUUGAAAACCCCAAAUGGAAUUCUGAUGGUCUUGAUAUUUAAGGAACUUCAAAGAAGCUAUUAAAAAGUUAGCUUUUUACUAAGCAGGAGGAGAUCUUUUAUCUCCUUCCUUAGGCACUUUUCAUCCAAUUUAUAGCAUUUAAAUUCACUAUAGGUGAAGCCAAUAAAGUUAAAUGAGUUAGAUGUAGAUUUAGCUUCCAACGAUAAUUGGAAGUGAUUUCAGUAGAAGGCAAAGGGAUCUCCCCAGAAUGAGAAGAGGAACAAAGUAGAAAUCAGGUGUGUGGUCUACAGGGGAUCAAAGGAGAGUUGUGACAAAUUAGAUAAUGUCUACAAAGUUACUUUGCAGACCUUGAAGCGCAAUGUAAAUGCCAGCUAUUACAUUCUAUACGGGGUUGAGUUUUAAAAUUAGUUACCCUUACUGUGUUUUUUGAAGAGUGGUUAGCAGACACAAAAACACAAAUUUAAUUUAGUUCCUCAUUAAAUUCAAUUCGAAAGGGAGCUGUUCUGUAAAUUUUGUUUCUCCAUUAUGUAUUUAUACCAAAGUAUGCUACUCUUGAGGAAAAAAAAAUUGGAACUUAGUUUUUUUCAUGAGUUAGCAUAAUAAUAUUUAGAUGAUUUAAAUGACAUUAAAUAUUUUUCCUCAAAAUAUGAAUCAGGAAAUUAUAACUUGUGUGUGGGUUAUUGUUAUUAUAUUUGGAGUGUAUGUUAUUGUUUUAUUCUAGUUUUUAAAAUUUCAGUGGGGUAUGCAUAUUAUGUGAUUCUAGUUUUUAAAAUUGUAAAUCUUGAUAUGUAAGGAAAACUACUGAAUGAGAAUGGCAAAGAAAAGGUAUUUAUUGAUGUUAUUGUUUUGUUCACUUUGGAUAAGCAUAAGGAAUUUAAAAUGGUUUAAAUCAUUUCAUCUCCUUCAAUAUAAUUAAUUGAAUAUUUGUAUUAGUUCUGAUACAUUGAGCAUAUGGGAAAUGAAUUUUUGGCUCAUUUUAAGAAAUGAAAAGAAUUUAUAAUUAUAAUCUGAAUCAGAUCUCUUUUCUGGGUAUCCUAUUUCCCUUUUCAGUUUUCAGAAGAAUAUGCACGUUUAAGUGCUUUGUUAGUUGAUAUAAAAAGGGUCACACUAAAUUUAUUUACAGAUUUUCUUGCAGUUUUCAUGUCUACUAUGUUGAAAUAGUAUUUUUAAUGAAAAAUUACUAUCUUUGUAAAUAAACAAUCUUAUUUAAUUUACUGUAGCUUUUGGUUAUUUUUUCCAUUAGUAUUUAUUGCUUAUAAGACAAAUCAUUUUUAGAGUAUGGUAGCAAAUAUACUUUUGCUUUCUAUAUUUGAGAAUUUCCUUCUGUGAUGUUUAAAAUCUAAAUGUGUGGUCGCCUUAAAUUAGAAGCUUUAGUACCAGUCUUUGGGCAUUAAGCAUUUAUUUAUUAAAGCAUAUUAGGUAUUAGUAAAAAG